CACACACACAUUCGCGCACACUCAAUACGAGUAUUGGGUCCUCGAGGGGCCGGAUAAAAACCAAAAAAGGCGUUGAGAGGAGCGCGAGCUGAAGGAGAGGGAACGGUUGAGAACAGAUAGAGGGAGAGAGGGGGCUUCACUUAACUAAUGGGGAGAGAAAGAGAGAGAGGGCAGUCUGAACUAUUGGAGAGAUAGAUCUGCGUACAUCCCGCCUUCAACUCCUGUCAAGCUUCCAGAGCGCGCGCCGCCCGGUGACCAGACAGAGCGCGCGAGGCUGGAGGUCGGGACGCCGAGCGCUGUUUCUGCGUGCUUGCCAACACGGGAUAACGGCGCCGUACAAGACAGUCACACGUUAGAUCACCGGAGACGCUGUGCUGCCGCGACGGAUGCGGGGGAUGACGGGAAAAAAAGACAAAGUUUAAACUCUAACGGGAACGGUAUUGUAAUCCAACCCGGUCAGACUUUAACGCAUGGGAACUUGAACGGGCUGAAGACAUCACCUCAGACUGGAUGUGGUCUCCUGACUCUGCUGUGAAGUUUUAUCCUGACAUGAAAAUCAAACAACUUCUUUGAAACGUUCUGAGUUUUUCCCGUUUUUAACCCGGAUUCUUAAUUUAUGGGAAAGGGUGAGUAAAGCGAUGAACCGGGACAGAGCGGUGCCGGGGCCCGGAGCAGACGGGGUUCAGGCUAUUAUUAAUCGGGACAGAGCCGUGGCAGGGCCCGUUGUUACGGACGCGGUGCAGCCUGUGAUGAGUCGGGAGAGAGCGGCAUCGACUCCAGGAGGGGACGGGAUCCAGACUGUGGUGGGCCCGGACGGUCAGGACAUCCUGGACGGAGGUGCAGCCGGUGAGAAGCGGCUCUUCUCCAACGCUAUAGCCGGGGGGAGAGAUGCUCAGGCCGGGGAAAACCACUCGGAACCUCCACCGACGAACCCGGUGUUGGCGCCGCCACAGCAGUGCCCGAACGGACACCGGACAACCUCCUUCUCCGUGCUGGACAUCCUAGACCCGAAUAAGUUCACGAGCUUCCGGCGGCAACAGAACGGGAGCCACCGAGGCGAGCGCGAGCUGAGCGCGUUCGGAGCGGAGAACCGGAGAGGAGGAGGGGGGGCCGGGGAGCGCGAGCCCAGCUUGGAGGCCGCCAAAGGGUGCUUCGGAUCGGAGGAAUACUCGAGCAAGGAAGGCUUUGUGUACAGAAGUCCAGACGAGGAUGACUACCACAGAUCUGGGACCCCGGACUCAGAGGCUCCAGAUGGUCCCUACAGUAGCGAGGAGAGCAGCUCGGCUCUGCCCAGUAACGGAGACAGAGAUCUGAACCAGCACCCAGACACUGGCAGAGACACAGCAAGUCCUGGAGGAGGUGCAGGCCAGAUCAGCAGCGGUCAGAGCAACGGGGGCCAGAACCAGCAGGGCAAGCCCAAGAGGAAGCGCACUGGCUCAGACUCCAAGUCAGGGAAGCCCCGCAGAGCCCGGACUGCCUUCACCUACGAGCAGCUGGUGGCGCUGGAAAACAAGUUCAAGUCCACACGUUACCUGUCAGUGUGCGAGCGGCUCAACCUGGCGCUGUCGCUCUCCCUCACCGAGACCCAGGUCAAGAUCUGGUUCCAGAACCGCCGCACCAAGUGGAAGAAACAGAACCCAGGAGCCGACACCUCUGCCCCCACUGGAGCGGGAGGUAAUGGAGGAGGGGGAGGUCUCGGAGGUCUCAGCCCACUAAGCCCCUCCCCCCCUAUCAGCGGGCACCUGGCCAUGCACGCAGGCUACGCUGGACACCAUCACGCCCCAACUGGCAGCCUGGUCCAGCUGCCCUUCCUCACGGCCAGCCACGUCCUGUCCCCCUUCAUGCUGGGAACGCAGAGCUAUGCCGCCCCUGCCUUCUACAGCACACACCUGUAGACACACACAGAGAAACACACACAAAGAAACACACACACACAGACUGACUGACGUGUUUCAGUGUUUGAACGGACUGCAGCUCAGCAGACAGAUUGUCAGCGCUCGUCUCUUUUUACUACAAACAUUUGAAGGCUUUAAUUUCAGGAUUAUUUUGAUAGAAUGUGAAUAUUUACCAGAAACUGUACAUAAAUCUACCUUCUAGCUCCGAAUGCUGUUUUAAACCACCUAAUAGACAAAUAGUUGAUUUCUUGGUUUUUAAAAAAGUCUGUAUGAAUAUUGAAUGUUUAUUUAUGACUUAAGGAAUGGCUUGAUCUAUCGUCAGUACCGUGUAACUCCAGCUGUGAUUGUUUUCAUUUCUGUUAUUUAUUGAAUUUGUUUCCAUAAAACUCUUGGAUGUACUGAAUCAGCUCAACAUGACAUCGUCCUUUGAUAUUAAAAUAAUGACAAUAUAAACUCUGAAAA